UAUAUUAUAGUUAUACAAAAUAUGUAUGCUAUAAUAUAGUUUUAAAUUGGCAAAAUGAAAUGGCCAGUUCACAAUGAAUAAAUUUAAAUCACAAAAUAAAGAACACCUAACGGAGGAAGUCAACAAACUAGUUUCUGCUUAUAAAGAUCAACGAUCAAUUUCAUGUAAACCUGAGUUAUUAGGAAGUUCUAAUAUAACAACUUCUAAUCUAAAUACACUAAACUUAAGUCCAUGGGAUUAUAGUUUAGAUUCAAACAUUACAAUUAAACCUGAAAAAGAUUUAACAUUUGAAAAUAAAUAUGUUGACGAAAACGAUGACAUAAAGUCAAAUUUAUUAACAGCUAAAGACUAUUUUGAUUGGUUCAAAAUGUAUAAUACACAGACAGGUGAAAGGAAUGCUGUUUUUUUUGCUUCUAUAAAGACAGAUUCUAUUUUCUAUGAAGAGAAUUAUUUAAGCUUGAAAUUUUUGCUUGCAGGAUGUAGUACUAGUUUUAAAAGAGAGUUAUCUACUCUAUUAUGUCCAAUCUUUGUUCAUUUUUACCUUGACUUAGUAGCGAAACCUGAUCUGCCUGCUGCACAAUCUUUCUUCACAAAAUUUAAUCAUGACCACGAAGAUCAACAAAAAGAGCUUAUUGAAAAUCUUAGUAAGUUAACUGAUAUCAAUCAGUUAAAAUUUUAUAAAAACAUUAAAUUACUUCGGGAAUUUAAAACAGUAGUAAAAUUGUCACCUAAUGUUUACUUAUAUUUACUGCAACAUUUAAGACACGGAAAUUAUACUCUUGUUUUGCAGACAUUAAAUUUUCGAUUUUCUUUAAAAACUUCUCAUCCCAUUUCAAUAAAUAAAUCAAUAAAUGACCUGGGAACUUAUGAUAAUGACUUUGAUGAAUUUAAUAUGUCUUGGUCAACAACUGUUACAGAACAACAAGCACUUGGUAGCCUUAAUCAAUCAAUUGCAGCACUCAACAGUUCUAGCAAAAUAUUUAAGCCAUCUAUUUGUUUAUACAGCUUGCAAAGUACUUAUAAAGGAAUAUGUUGUUCCUGCUUUUCGUCCCAAAAUACUUCACUGGCAGCUGGAUUUGACGAUUCUUCUGUUCAACUGUGGAGUUUGACUCCAAAAAUAUUUUUCGAUGAAAAAAAAUCUGAAUCUAUAACAUUACGUGGUCAUAGUGGAGUGGUUUAUCAGACGCAUUUUCUUCCAAACGACAGCCAUCUGCUGACAUCUUCUAAAGAUAAAUCAGUUAGGUUGUGGAGUUUGAAGGAGAAAAAAUGUUUGUCUGAAUACAGAGGUCACGAUUCAACUGUAUGGGAUGUUACUUCUUCAUCCCCAAAUGCAACAUACUUUGUGUCUGCUUCUUUUGACAGGACUUUACGACUUUGGAAUACAGAGUAUAUUUAUCCACUGCGAAUUUUUGCAGGUCAUACUGACAGUGUAGAUUGUGUAAAGUUUCACCCAAAUGGUAAUUACUUGGCAUCUGGUUCUACUGACAAAUCUUGUCGUCUGUGGGAUAUUCAAACAGGGCAGUUUGUUCGUGUUUUACUUGGCCAUAAAGCUCCAAUAUAUUCUCUAGUAUUUACAAGGGAUGGAAAAAACCUAAUAUCAGCUGGAGAUGAUUCGAAAAUUUUGGUUUGGGAUUUAUCAAACGGAAAGUUGAUUAAUGAAAUUCAAACUUCUUCGAAAGUUAUAUAUAGUUUAACUAUAUCGUCCGAUGGCACUAUGCUGGCAUCUGGAGGAUUUGACUCAGCUAUAGAGGUUUGGGAAGUUGAAUCCCUUUUAAAAGAAAAUGAUUGUCAUAAAAAAGUAACUUGCGAACCAAUUGGCAAAUAUCGCACUAAUAAAGAUAGAGUUAUAAAUUUAAAGUUUACUCAGGGGAAUUUGUUAAUGGCAACAGGUUUUUGUGAUGAGAGGUAGUGCUCUUUUUGUGAUAAGAGGUAGUAUCACUUUUGAGAAAAAGAUAUUAAUUUAUUAAA